UUCAAACACAGAAACAAUGGAGAGAACUCACAAAGCUCAUUGCUUAGUCCUAACCUAUCCAACCCAAGGCCAUAUCAAUCCCAUGCUUCAAUUUGCCAAGUUUCUCCAUCACAAAGGACUCAAAGUCACACUGGUCACCACUCAUUUUCUCCUCAACACAUUACAACUCCAUGCCGGAUCCAGUAGUUGCAACGUUGCCCUCGAGACCAUCUCCGACGGCUACGAUGAGGGAGGGUACGCAGCAGCAGAAAGCGCAGACGCUUACUUGAACCGCUUUUGGGAAAUAGGUCCGCUAACUUUAACUAAACUCCUUGAGAGGAUGUCCAGCUCUGAGUACCCGGUAGAUUGUAUUGUUUAUGAUGCAUUCAUGCCUUGGUCUUUGGAUGUUGCCAAGAAGUUUGGGAUCUUUGGGGCUGUGUUCUUCACUCAGUCUUGUGCUGUUGGGAAUAUAUAUUACCAUGCCCACAAAGGACUGAUGAAGCUUCCUGUUAGUGGUGAUGAUGGGGAAAUUUUGAUCCCAGGGUUGCAGCUGCCGCUUGAAGCUGUCGAUUUUCCGUCCUCUUUGUGCGAUUUGGGGUCGAAUCAUGCUGUAUAUGAUAUGGUUGUUGGUCAGUUCUCGAAUGUUGAUGAGGCUGAUUGGGUUCUCUGCAACACAUUUUAUGAGUUGGAACCAGAAGUGGUAGAUUGGAUGUCGAAGCUUUGGCCAUUGAAAACAAUAGGACCAACCAUACCAUCCAUGUACUUGGAUAACCGACUUAAAGAGGACAAAGGUUAUGGUGUCAACCUCUUUAAGCAAAAUCAUGACGCCUGCAUGAAAUGGCUUAAUGAACAGCCGAAGGAUUCUGUUGUUUAUGUGUCAUUUGGUAGUGGAUCAGAACUUGGAGCUGAGCAAAUGGAGGAACUGGCUUGGGGACUGAGGAUUAGCAGAAGCAAUUUCUUGUGGGUGGUUAGGGAAUCCGAAGCGGGGAAGAUCCCGGAAGGGUUCGUGGAGGAGAUAUCUGAGAAGGGUUUGGUAGUCUCAUGGUGUCCCCAACUGGAGGUUUUGGCUCAUGAAGCUGUUGGGUGCUUUAUCACUCAUUGUGGUUGGAACUCCACAUUGGAGGCUUUGAGUUUAGGGGUUCCAUUGCUGGCAAUGCCACAAUGGACUGACCAAGGCACCAAUGCCAAGUACAUUAUGGAUGUGUGGAAAACUGGGCUUAGAGCUUUACCUGAUGAGAAUGGAAUUGUAAAGAAAGAUGUGGUAGAACUCUGUAUAAGUGAACUGAUGGAAGGAGAGAUAGGAAAAGAGAGUCGAAGGAAUGCUAUGAAAUGGAAAGAAGUGGCCAGAUCGGCUAUGGCUGAAGGUGGAAGUUCUGCUAAAAACAUUGAUGAGUUCAUCGCAAAAGUAGUAGAGUAUGUGCAACCCUAG